UUCACAUCCAAUGUCUGUCAAAAGUUCGGUCUGAAUAAGAUGACGAAUCAUUGCAGCUCUGAUUGAGAGAUCUUUCUUUGGCCAGAUUAAAUUAAGCGGGUCAUAUGAUUUCGCUUUGGAGAAGGAGUCUAUCUGUGGAACUCCACGAGUGUCAGUAGUGCCGGGCGUCGCUCCGUUGGCACAGAGCAACAUCAACCCCCCGAGUCAGAAGGCACACCAGUACCCGGCUGAAGGCGAGAGGGAGAACUCUGCGCCACGGCUCCGGCGGAGCCAUGGGCUCAACUCCGGUGGCAGUCCGCCCCUGCCUCCUAAUGUUUUACAUGCUCUUUUUCCUGGUGGCAGGUCUUGGGAAUCAUCCCACCGAGGGAUCUGCAGCAACCGGGCAGACUGACCUUCAUGCACCAAGCCAGUUGGAAACUCACCGACCAGAAGGGAUUGCUGUCGAUGGGAGAGAAUCAGUGACAUUGGAGGGUGACUCCGUGCAUCAUCUUGAAGAUCUUCCAUUUCUCUACCCAAUGCCAGAGGUUGCUCCAUCAGACUACUCCGACGUGGCUUGGCUGUUUACAUCAUGUGGGGCAAGUGGUCCAAAUGGCCCCACCCAGGCACAGUGCACCAAUGCCUACCGCCAUACCAACAUCUCCGUAGGGAUCGAAUCGGAAGGACCUCUCAAGGGCAUCCAGAUGUGGCAGGUGCCAGCAACUAACAAAUAUGUAGUGUCCGCUUAUGGAGCAGCUGGAGGCAAAGGAGCCCGGAACAGCAACAAGAGGUCACAUGGAAUCUUCAUUUCAGCCAUCUUUCAUCUGAAGAAAGGCGAACUUCUUUAUAUCCUGGUUGGACAGCAAGGAGAGGAUGCCUGCCCAGGGAAAGACCCCAUGACUCAGAAGAUCUGCUUGGGAGAAUCUUCCAUCAUUGAAGAUGAUUACAAUAAUAAUAAUAAAGCCAUGUUAGAAUGGGCAGGAGGUGGAGGUGGAGGUGGUGGAGCAACAUAUAUUUUUAAGGUGGAGAAUGGUGUUCAAGUGCCAUUGCUUAUUGCCGCAGGCGGGGGAGGAAAGGCAUACUUGGAAGACCCAGAUGUCGUGAUGAAUGACCUGGUAUUAGAACAAUAUGAAAAUGAUACAUCAGUGCCCGGAUUCAAUGGCCAAGUAGGAGCAGCAGGUGGAGGCGGAGGUUGGAAUGACAUCACAAAGUUUCCCUGGGCAGGAAAAUCUCUCGUGGAAGGUGCUAAUGGGGGCAAUGCGUGUCCCCAGGCACUGGAGAAGCUGGGGUGGGCAACACAUGGUGGAUUUGGAGGGGGUGGUGGAGCUUGUACAUCCGGAGGAGGAGGUGGUGGAUACACAGGUGGGGAUGCAUCACUAACUGAUCAUAUUACUGCUGAUGGCCAAGACGGAAUUUCAUUUGUUAAUCAAGCUGGAGAGAUUUACCUCCACCCAUUAGCAGCAAUGGAAAGUCAUGGAGAGGCUGAAAUUCGGAUCCAUAUCAACUGCAGUCAUUGUGAGUCAGACAACUGCAUACGGGAGAAAGAGUCCAAGAAGAUACUGUGCCUGUGCCUGGGGGGCAAAAUUUUAGCCCAAGAUAAUGUUAGCUGUACAGUUCCUGGAGGCGUCAUCCCAGAAGGCCAUCUUCCUUCCUCCCUCAUAAUUGCCGUGGUUACGUCCACCAUUGUUACUGGAGUAGUUCUAACCUGUGCUGGACUUGCUCUCAUUUACUAUCGCAAGAACAACAGGCUGGCGGCGGUGAGAGUAAAGCUGCAGAGCUCGGAGUACAAGCUGAGCAAGAUCAGGACCUCAACCAUCAUGACGGAUUACAACCCCAACUACUGCUUCGCGGGCAAGGUGGCAGCACUCAACAAACUCAGGGAGGUGCCCAGGAGAAACAUCUCUUUGCUGAGGGCUCUUGGUCAUGGUGCUUUUGGUGAGGUGUAUGAGGGCCACGUGGUUGGAAUUGGUGGUGAAUCUGUCCCUUUACAAGUGGCGAUCAAGACUCUUCCAGAAAUCUGCUCCGAGCAAGAUGAAAUGGAUUUCUUGAUGGAGGCCUUAAUUAUCAGCAAGUUUAACCAUCAAAAUAUUGUCCAGUGUAUCGGUGUGAGUCUCCAAGCCCUGCCUCGAUUUAUCCUACUGGAACUUAUGUCCGGAGGAGACAUGAAGACUUUUCUCAGAGAAAACAGGCCUAAAGCUGCACACACAUCCACAAUGACAAUGCUGGACCUUCUGAACAUGGCCAAAGAUAUAGCUUGUGGUUGCAAAUAUCUGGAAGACAAUCAUUUCAUUCACAGGGAUAUUGCUGCAAGGAAUUGUUUAUUAACCUGCACUGGACCCAGCCGAACAGCUAAAAUUGGAGACUUUGGGAUGGCUCGAGACAUUUAUAGAGCGAGUUACUACAGGAAAGGUGGGCGUGCAAUGCUACCAGUCAAGUGGAUGCCUCCAGAAGCUUUCCGAGAAGGAAUCUUCACUUCAAAGACAGACACGUGGUCAUUCGGAGUGUUGCUAUGGGAGAUUUUAUCACUUGGAUACAUGCCGUAUCCCUGCAAGAGCAAUCAGGAAGUCUUGGAGUUUGUGACAAGUGGUGGAAGAAUGGAUCCCCCUAAGAACUGUCCAGGACCUGUAUAUCGUAUCAUGACCCAGUGCUGGCAGCAUACACCUGAACAUCGGCCAGACUUCUCCACUAUCUUGGAAAGAAUUAACUACUGUACCCAGGAUCCGGACAUUGUGAAUACACUCCUCCCUGUUGAGAAUGGCCCUUGCUGCGAAGAAGGAGGAGGUACAUUGAUGCGUCCUGAUAGCUCCAGCGGCCUGACACCCCUGAGGGUCAGCACAAACCUUGCGCCUCAAAUCACCUGUCAGGUGCCCGAGUUUCUGCACUCCAGGCCAAAGCUUCAGCGUCUUUGGGAGCUAUCGAAGAGGGACAGCUUUGGCGGCAACGUGGAGACCGGCCUUCCAGCGGGCUCCUUUGGCCGCGGUUGGCUUUGCCCAGAUCCCGAGGCCGACCCCCGCCCCGACGCUAAGCCUCAGCGAGGGCAGAGGCCGCAGAACCACUCCAAAACCUUGUGGAACCCCACUUACGGUUCCUGGAUCUCCGAGAGCUUCAGCAGAGCGGCGGAGGACGGGAAGCCCCCGGCCACGCCCGACCAUGAGGACUCGGGGUUGGAUUGCAACGGCAGCUCCCCGCCCAGCUCACGGGAGUCGCCUUCCCCUGUCGGUCACUACCCACCUCUGGAGAUAGGCGGGCUGGCGCUGGCCAAGCUGCAGAGUUUCCCGUGCGGAAACAUAAACUAUGCUUACGACAGUCUGGGCUGCGACGCUGACGGGGAGCGGAUCUCAAUGGACGCCAGCGAUGAGGAUGGUCCCAGGCAGAAGACCCUGCCUCUGAAUAAAGAGAUGCACUGCCUCAGCAACCCAGAGAAGGUGACGAGAGAUCGCGACUCAGGUCUUUCAUUGUCUGAAGACCUCAGCAUCACCCCCGUGUAGAAACCACCCAUGUGUGCAACGUUGCAUGGAUUAGCCGAGUUCGGUCAGAAUAUAGAAGAAGUCAAAGACACCAUUUCCAUUGGCCACUGCAUCCAGAUUGUAAAGUAGCGGCCUCCUGUCAAUCCUCAAAAUAGAUUGAAAGGCCAUUAGAUCCCCAGUCAGAAGACUGUCGCCCUGUUCAUGUUUGUUUUGCUGCUGAGAACAUGAUGGGCCUUGAGGUCAUCGCUUGCUGGCGCUUCUGAGAUUUUUUCCUGCAAAUCUCCUCGAUGUAUAUGGCACACUAGAUUAAUCGCCACACAAGUAAUCUCACACAGUGGAGAGGAGCAGUUCAAAUCCCUGCGGCGACUGUGGUUCAAAGUGACAGUCUCAACAAUCCGACGUCUGUAGCAAUCUCCCCAGAGACAGGGCAAGAGCUGGGGAUCGAACACCUGAAUCCCACAUGUUUGGGAGAAGCUUGAUGAGUUACUAAUACAGACUGAAAUUACAGCCCUACAUUCAUAGCACUGUACCUAAUCCAAUUCACUUCCCAUUUACAGAUACCAAUUUUGAAAUAGUGGUCUUAAAGUCAUUGUGUGGUGCAUGUCUCUGGAUUUUGCAUUCAGAUGCAGUUGGCGGACCCUUGGCUGCCUGUGGCAAACACUUAUAUCUGAAUCAUUUUUGAUAAAAGCACUUAUGAACGCAUGUGAAAUGAAGACACGGAGGAAAUGUUUUGAGAUAAUCGGGUCAGGAACCGAAACAAGCAUUUUAUUUUCUCUGAAACAAAAGGUGUAACUUGCUUAGAGUUACCUAGAGCCUUGUUUUGAAUAUUUUCUGAUUUUUGGAAGAAGAUUCCCUUUAUCUUGAAAUGGGAAAUGAGCCCAUGGGAACUAUUUUACUCAACAUCAGAGGCUUUGUAAAUGAGUGCUUGUUUCAUCUCCCUUUGACAAAAGUCCCAGUAAAAGUUGAACUAACAUAAAAAUGGUCACUUCACAUUGCACAGCAACAUCUCCCGCCAGAGGGCAAUGUGUCGAGGGGAAGGACAAUUUUAUUUUCCAGAGUCCAGAUGAAGGGUCGCGACCUGAAACGUCGACUGUUUAUUUCCCUCCAUAGAUUCUGCCUGUCCCGCUGAGUUCCUCCAGCGCUUUGUGUGUUGUUCCAGAUUCCAGCAUCUGCAGUCUCUUGUGUCUCAAUCUGAUUUUCACGGUGUUGCUCAGGCCUUGCUGCUUCGAGAACGCGUCAGUUUUCUAGAGGAAUUGGAGGACAUGAACAAUGCGUUGAAAUGGGUCAUUCAGCAGUUCAAGAGAUCGCUUAAAGAGCAAAUACUAAUCUCUUCUAAUCCAGCGUUCCAGAUACAAUAUUGGAGCCGGAAAUCGAAACUGGAAGGCUCUGAUUGAGGGUUCUCGCAGAACAAAGAAUUUGGAUCAUUUGCAAAGAAUUUCUAUCCAAAGUGUUUGAACUGGAUCAUCUGACAUUUCUGGUAAUACCUUCGCAUGUCAUUUUGAAACAAUGAGGUCACUUAAACAAAAGUGCAAUCCAUAUAGCAACAGUGGCCAUCAAUAGUUUGAAUGCUGGCAUAAACAAAGCCUGUUAUCCUCUCUUGCCCCAGUAUUCCAUCAUACUCUCUCUCCUACUUUUCCUCCCACUGUCUCUGCAAUCCUCCUCAACAACCCCUCCCUAUGCUCUCCUUAACACCUCUCCCCAUCUCCUUCCUUUCGACCCCUUUCCUGAUUCCCAACAUCCAUGCUCCACUGCCCUAUCUUUCACCUUUUCUCUUCUCCCUUUCUCCCACAUUCAUGCUCCCCAUCCUCACCUUCCCCCACUCUGCCACUCCUCCCCCCCCCCGUGCUCUCCUCCCCUCCACAAACUCACCGUUCUGUUCCUUGAUCUUUCUUUCACACAAUCCUUCUUACCAAUGACCCUUCUUUCAUCCUUUCUCCUCAACGUCUUCUCUAAGUCCCUGGUUAUUGCCAAAGUUAUGGCAUAGAAAUUCCUUAAAUAUUACAGUUAUAGAUGUGAAAUGUUGUAUAUACAGAUUGAAUAGGUCAUUCCUGACAUCAAACAGCACCAAGUUCACCACAAAGUCUUCAGAAAAUAUGUCCAUCCCAAGUAGUUUCUGCAGGAGGUUUUAAUGGGGUCACUUAUGUAAGCGCUGAUGUAAGAGCUCCCUGUCAUUCCAAAAUAAGUUGUUUUCUCUUAAAAUACUUCUUUAUGAAGUCUUGGCAAGGCGAAUUCGAAAUCAGUAUUACAUUUUCCAAGACGAUUUCUGAUAUUGAGUGCUGGUAGAAUAAUGUUAACACAAUUACCCAUUUUUGGCAACACAAGAGACUGCAGACGCUGAAAUCUGGAGCAACAACCUGGUGGGGGAACUCAGCGGGUCGAGCAGCAUCGGUGGGUGGGUGGGGGUGGGGUAGGAGGAGGAAAUGUGGACGCUUUGGGUCGAAACCCUGCAUCAGACCCUCCAGCAGAUUGUUUGUUGUACCAGUUUUGGUGGUACGGUGGUGCAGCAAUUAGCCCUGCUACUUCACAGUCCCAGGAUCCCGGGUUCGAUCCUGCCCUCAGGCACUAUCUGAGUUGCACUGUCUGAGCUGAGAAAGUUGCACGUUCUCACCGUGACUACAUGGGUUACGUCUGGGUGCUCCGGUUUCCUCCCAGAUCCCAAAGACGUACUGAUAGAUUAAUUGGCCACUGUACGUGAUGUCUUGGUGUAGUAAGGGGCAAAAGAAUCAAAGGGGAAUUGAUGAACAUGUGCAACUGAAUAUCUUUCAGGACUACAGGGAAAUAAGGAGAGGGGCAUGGGUCUGAUGGGAGCUAUCAUGAAGUUAAUGGGCCAGAUGGCUUCCUUAUAUAUCAUGGCAAGUAAGUGCCGAUGUUUCGUGGUAGAUAAGGUUCAGAACUGCAUUCAACUAAGCUUGUGAAGUGUGGUUGGAUCUAAUUCUGUAGUUUUUAUAUACAUUGCUGCAGAUAGAUCGCACGGAAUUGUAACAAAACGGUGCAAUUCGUGAAGAGAGCUCCACUGAACUAUCUCACUUUACGCUGGCCGUUGACAUGUAAGGCUGGGGGUUGCUGCGUGCAGGACAUCGAGGUGACAGUAUGGGCCCUUUAAUUGUCAAUUCAACCCUCCCCAACCCUGCAUGAGGUGCCCCUGUUGUCCUUUUCUGAGUUAGCAAAAGUUAUGAUUAUCUCUGGAACCGUUGGCUUCUUCCGGCGGUGGAGGAAAUCUUUGCUGCCUGACUGACAAAAAUAGCCUUCCUUUCCCCCUUCCAACAUUUUUGCAACCAAUUAAAACAAAAAUCAAUAAAAAAAGAGAAAAGUUUUGUUUUAAUUACCCGAUGUCUUUUCCCUGUUUGUUUGCUUAUAGCUCUGAAUUUAGAACAAUUCUAGUGAGUUGGCAUUCUUAAUUUAACGUCACGAUUUCUAUUACAUUUGUACUUUUGGCCUUUAAGUGACUUUUAUAUUAAACUUAGAGGGUCGGUGGGAGGGGAUUAACUGCUGAAAAUGAACAAGAAUGUGUCUCAUAUUCAUCCUGAAUGCUAAUAAUAGAAUCUUUAAAGCUGUAUUAGGUAGUUUAAACACUGUGAAGUCAUUUUAAAUUAAUAGUUAUUAACAUUGUUACAGUUUAUAAGAAUCUUGUCACUGGUGGAGUUUACUGAAUGUCUAACAUGUUUACUUAAAUGCUGUUAAAGUUGUAGUUGGAUUAAGUUGCCGUUGUUCUUGUAACAUAAAUCAGUCCCAAGAAAUUGGAGUUCACCUUCCUUUGGAGUGCUAAUGUGCUACAUAUAGUGCUUGAUGCCUACUCUAAUAUUCUGGAAAUAUUUGCAAAUUUAGCCAAAAAUACAGUAAACCUCCAACAAUCCGGCUCCUGAUUGUUCAGAGACCAACGUGAAUCGGCAUCUGGCUCACUCAUUGGUCCGGAAUGUGAGAUGGGGGUCCAGAGUGCAAGGAUGGAGUGAACCAGAGCUGUAGUCUGAUUGGUCAAAGCAAAUCAGACGUCAGUUGAUGUUUUGCGGAAUGUGAUUGGUUUAACCCAAACUUGAUGUAUUUUUCAUGUUACUAUGAAUAGUCUAAGCAAAUUUAUGCUUUUGUUCAGGUGGUUGAUUAUUGUUUUGCAAAAAAAAGUCACAAUCACUGUACAAUAUUAACACUGGGUGGCUACUUUGAUUUAUGUAUCUUUUACUUGGUAAUCUCUGUACAGAGGAUGCUUCAAAAGCUGCACUGUUUUCACUUACAAGUAGAAAUUUA